AUGAACAUUUUCUGUGGGAGCUUGAGCUUGAGGUUUGAUGAAAUUAGGUGCCCAUCAAAAAGAGUUGGGAGAUCCAACAGUUCAUUGGUGGCUUCAGAUGUUGCAAGAAUUACUUCUUACGAAAGGCUUUCUGAAUCUACACGCUAUGAAUCAAAUACUGGCUGUUCGAUGAGGAGGAGAGCUUGGAGUUGUGUUAUGAAGGUCUUUUCUUUCAAGAAAAUGAUUGAUGGACAAACCACCACACCACGAGGGGCAGAAAAGGCUAAGAAAAGGCGGUCUUCUUGGCUCCCCAAUCCUCAUCAAAGGUGGCCAGUUCAAGGAUGGUAG